AUGGCUGCAACAAGGCGCAUAUCAGCCGCCGUUACUGCGACAGCAGGGCUGUUAUUAGGUGGUGGAGGCGUUUUUGUUGCUUAUAAUUGGUGGCGCAAUCCAGUAAGUGCCAAAGAUUCUCUUGGGCAAUGCUUUGCUUUCAAAGCACUGAAUCAAAAGGAUCCACGUGCCCGAUUCCACUUCUAUGCGACGCGCAAUGCAGAUGGGAGUGAGGAGUUGGACCCUGCUGGCCUUAUCGCAUGUUUGUGCCUUCUUGAUGAGGAGAGCAGGCAGUCGCUUGAAAGUGGGGGAGAUAACCACCUCCCACCCCAUGUACGUCAACGUCUGGAGCAUGUGUUUCAACUCAUGGACAUUAACCACGACAGUAGCUUCUCGUAUGAAGAAUUUUGUAUACUUCUCACUCUUCUUUCAGCGCGUCGCGAACAUCUAGAGAUGGCCUUUGGGGUCUUUGACAGGGACGAGGAUGGCCGUCUUUCGGGGCAUGAGUUUUUGUACAUGCUGAACGCGUUGAUGGUGGACCCUGCUGUGCAGUUUCUUAACGUGCAGCCCUCACUAACGCGACAGCAGCGCAUGACAUACUCGACCCCUGGAGCCUCACCCACACCCAUCACAGACGGCUCAGGGGAUUCAAAAAAAAAGCAUAUGAGCGCGUCAGCCGCUGCGCGGGAUGCACUUUUAGCCUCCCCGCUUGCCGAACACUUCUUUGGAACGCAUGGUGAGAAAUGUAUCUCGUUUGAUGAGUUCUGGUCAAUGCUCUGUGAGAUUCGACGGGAAGUUUGGACGCUGGAGUUUGGCUUGCACGACCCAAGAAACACCGGUUUCAUCACUUUGCAGGACCUUCAACAAAUUAUCUUUCGCCGUAACAGUAAUGAAAUUCCCAUGGGUGUGAUGGAAAAACACUUCUCCCAUGUAGAGGGGAAUCCCGACGAAAGGACGAUGAAAUGCGUAGAGAAGGAAUUUGUAUCUUUUGAGUUCUGCCUGAAGGUGUUUGAUUUUCUCUCUGAGUGCGACGCGGUGGCUCAUGGGAUGAAUCUCCUUUUAAGGGCGAAGCUUCCAGAGGUCUUAACCACACCUCUUGAGCAGCAGCAGCAGCAGCGGCAGCCACCGGAGUCCAAAACGAGGAUGUUGGAUACCUCUUUUUUAAAUAGGGACGAGUAUGAAGUUGAUAGUGCGGAGUUUUAUCGCGUGCUUGAAGCGUGCAAAGGACUUUCUCAUUUAACAAGAGAGGAUGCCGAUUGCCUGGUGCGGAUUUUCGAUUUGGAUAGAUCGGGGAAGUUGUCACCAAUCGAGUUUGCGCAUGCGUGUGAGCUACGUGCUAAAUUCUUCACUUCACGAGAGCCACGAUUUAAUGAACCUCAACAGAAUGUGGUGCAGCGGUUCAUGACGUGUAUGCAGCAGCUGAAGUAG